AUGAAGAGCGCACUUCCUAAACUAAGGUCAAUUGGAUCUGCCCAGAAUGCUAGUACCUUGGUACGGGCAACAUCUUGUGCAUCCUGCUCUUCUUUGUCAUCGAGGAGCUUCACAAGUUUGAACCGACCCCCGCCAAACUACCCAGGCCAUGUUCCUCUAACGAGAGUUGAGCGGGCUGGGCUGGCCAUUGGGGCCAGCGUAAUGUCUUUUUUCGACCCCUAUCGCCAUGACCUCAUCGCUGCUACUGGCGAAGCCACAGCCACACCAUACUUCAUCUAUCGCCUUCGCGACGCUAUGCUCGCCGAUCCAACCGGCCGUCGUAUCCUCCGAGCUCGACCUCGAAUCUCCUCCAAAACCCUUUCCCUCGAAGCUCUACGUGCGCUACCCGAAAACUCCGUUGGCCGCGCCUAUGUAGGCUGGCUCGAUCGCGAAGGCGUCUCCCCCGAUACUCGAGCUACGGUGCGGUACAUCGACGACGAAGAGUGCGCAUAUGUCAUGCAGCGAUAUCGCGAGUGUCAUGACUUCUACCACGCUCUGACUGGUCUGCCUAUCGUGCGCGAGGGUGAGGUUGCACUCAAGGCUUUCGAGUUUGCGAAUACGUUGCUUCCCAUGACGGGAUUAAGUAUCUUUGCGGCAGCUACCAUGAAGAGGAGCGAGAGGCAGCGAUUUGCCUCGAUAUACCUACCCUGGGCUCUGAAGAAUGGGGCACGGAGCAAAGAAGUCAUUAAUGUCUUCUGGGAAGAGAGACUUGAGGAUGAUGUUAGUGACUUAAGAAAAGAGCUGGGUAUGGAGCAACCGCCCGAUAUGAGAGACAUACGAAAGAGGGAGAGGGAGGAGAAGAAGAGACUCAAAGAGCUGAGAGAGCAGGGGCUAUAA